CCUCUCUCGCCACUAACAUUUCUUUGCUUAUCACUGUCUUAGAUAACUUCUAAAUAUACAGUAAAAUUAUACCAAAAUGAAGCUUCACUCGUUAUCCUUGGCCACUUGUUUGACCCUUAUCUCCUCCAUCAAUGCCUUACCUAGUCCAUGGGGCGCCAUUUUAGGAGGUUCCUCCUCAUCUCAAGAUGACGUCGUGCUUUCUCUAGACAGCAAGUUCCCAAAUUUGUUCAGUCACGAAAAAGACGGUAAUAAACAUCCCAAGAGUAAGCACCAUGGUAAUCACCAUGAUCACCAUGAUAUCUUGCUGUCAAUUAUUGACGAAACUGACUACAAUUCUCUCCCAGAAAUUGAUACCGAGGAAUUACAAGCCUUGAUUACAAAGCAUGCUUUGGAACAUAGAGCCAAGAAGUUGUUCCACAUUGCUAAAUCUUCAGUCGACGAGUAUGGCCAUCCUACCCGUGUCAUUGGCUCUCCUGGCCAUUUAAACACCAUCAAGUAUAUCGCUAAGGAAUUGAAGAAGUUGGGUGGGUAUUAUACUGUCAAGACUCAAAAGUUUGAUGCAAUUGACGGAAAAGUCAAGUCAUUUUCUUUGUUAAUUGAUGGACAAAAGCCAAAGUCUUUGGAAGCUUUGAGUUUAUCUCCUCCUACUCCUGAUGGAAGACCGGUUCAUGGCAACUUGGUUUUGGUUGACAAUUUUGGUUGUUCCUUGGGAGAUUUCCCUGAAUUUGCCAAGGACAAUAUCGUCUUGAUUAAACGUGGUGAAUGUGCUUUUGGAGACAAGAGUGUCAAUGCAGGUAUCUCUGGAGCCAAGGGGGCCAUCAUUUAUGACUCUAAUGGUCCAUUGCAUGGUACUUUGGGUACUCCUACUGGUAAAGAAGUUGCCACUGUUUCCGUUUCAGAGCAAGAUGUUCAAGACUACAUCAAUGCUUUAUUAAAGGACCCACAACACCAAUUUGAAACUACCUUGUAUGUUGAUUCCUAUAUCAAGAACAUUUCUACAUUGAAUGUUAUUGCCGAUACUGUCUUUGGUGAUCAUGACAAUGUCGUUGCCUUGGGUGCCCAUUCUGAUUCUGUUGGUGAGGGCCCUGGUAUUAAUGAUGAUGGGUCUGGUACCAUUUCCUUAUUGGAAGUUGCCAAACAAUUGACCAAGUUUAAAGUUAAUAAUGCUGUUAGAUUUGCAUGGUGGGCUGCUGAAGAAGAAGGAUUAUUGGGUUCUACUUAUUAUGCUGAUAAUUUAGAAGCCAAGGAAAACUCCAAGGUUAGAUUGUUUAUGGAUUAUGAUAUGAUGGCAUCUCCAAAUUACGAGUAUGAAGUUUAUGAUGCUAACAAUCAAGAUCAUCCUAAUGGAUCAGGAAACUUGAAACAAUUGUACAUUGAUUGGUAUGUCAGCCAUGGAUUAAAUUACACUUUGAUUCCAUUUGAUGGUAGAUCAGAUUAUGUUGGUUUUAUUGAUAAUGGUAUUCCAGCCGGUGGUAUUGCUACUGGUGCUGAAGGAGUCAAGGAUGAAAAGUCCAAGGAAAAGUUUGGCGGUAAGACUGGUGAAUGGUUUGACCCAUGUUAUCAUCAAUUGUGCGAUAACUUGGACAAUCCAGAUUAUCAAGCUUGGGAAAUUAACACCAAGUUGAUUGCUCAUUCUGUUGCUGUUUAUGCUAAAUCCUUUGAAGGGUUCCCAGAACGUGAAGUCAAGGAAGUAUCUGCUGAUUCCAAGAAGAACAACAGCAACAACUUUAUGUACCGUGGUCCUCACUUAAUUAUCUAGGGAACCUUUCCUUUAUUAGAUAGUUUAUACACGUUAUAGAAACUAAAAAUGCACUUUUUGUACUUUC